AUGCGUCUCCUCUCGUGGUUCAUCUUCGCCGCCCUCUACGGCGGUUUUCUUUACCUGCUACGUGAGCGUAAGGUGCCUCUUAUUGUGAUGCGGGUGUGGUAUACAUUGCACCUGGUGCUGUGUGUGAUCGUGAGUUGGCUUUGUGGUGUGGUACUCAGCCUGCUGACGAAGGUGCACCUCUUGGACACGGCAACAUCGCAGUCGCUGGUGCGGUGUGUGUGCGUAACAACGUUCGGGUGCUGGCUGCGCUUCAACAGUCUGCACAUUUGUGUGGAGUACUUGCCUGGCUCUCUGUCCUUUUCGUCCAUCACGGAGCAGCACAACAUGUGCUUGUGCCACUCGAGUUUCUUUGACACGAUUCAUUUCCUGUGGUGCGUUCCGCACCGCUACAUCUACAAAGUGAAGACCUUUUCCAAAGCGAGUCUGCGCAAGCUUCCCCUGUUUGGCACCGUGAUUGCCAUGUGCGGCCACUUCCCCGUGUACUUCAGCUCCCCGGAAGCGGACUCCUUCUCAGUGUACAAGGACAAGCAGGCUGCCGUCGCCGUCAACGUCGAAGACUUCCUUAGUAAAGGCGGCUCCCUCUCCUUUUUCCCGGAGGGCAUGCUGAACCGCACACCGGAGGUGCUCAAGGACUUCCGACUCGGCAGCUUCAAAACGAUCCUGGCGCACAAGAUACCCUUGUACUACUGCGUCACCUACGGCAACCACGAGGUGUGGCCGCCGUCUUUGAAGACGCUCCCCGGCUUUCCUGCGGACGUAUACACGUACGUCGGCAAGUACGACUACAACCCUGACGAGGAGAACGCACAUUCGCUCUCGACGGGGCUGCGCGAGGAGAUGCAGAAGCACCUGGACAAGAUGGUGGCGCUGCGGGAGAAGCGGGGGCCCAAAACCUGGUGGACGCAGUCCGCCGCAAAAGCCCGAGCGUAG